GAUGGUGAGGCAGGUCGUCGCCGAGGAGAAGCCGGAGCAGCUGCUCUCCAAGAAGGCCGGGUGCAACAGCCAUGGCCAGGACUCGUCCUACUUCCUGGGGUGGCAGGAGUACGAGAAGAACCCCUUCGACGCCGUCUCCAACCCCUCCGGCAUCAUCCAGAUGGGCCUCGCCGAGAACCAGCUGUCGUUCGACCUGCUGGAGGAGUGGCUGGAGAAGAACCCCGACGCCCUGGGGCUCCGGCGAGAGGGCGGCGGCGCCUCCGUCUUUCGCGAGCUCGCGCUGUUCCAGGACUACCACGGCCUCCCGGCUUUCAAGAAUGCAUUGGCGCGGUUCAUGUCAGAGCAGAGGGGUUACAGGGUGGUGUUCGACCCGAGCAACAUCGUGCUCACCGCCGGCGCCACGUCGGCUAACGAGGCGCUCAUGUUCUGCCUCGCUGACCAUGGCGAUGCCUUCCUCAUCCCCACCCCGUACUACCCGGGGUUCGACCGCGACCUCAAGUGGCGCACCGGCGCCGAGAUCGUCCCGGUGCACUGCACGAGCGCGAACGGGUUCCGGGUGACGCGCGCCGCGCUGGACGACGCGUACCGCCGCGCGCAGAAGCGGCGGCUGCGCGUCAGGGGCGUGCUCGUCACCAACCCGUCCAACCCGCUCGGCACGGCGGUGCCGCGCGCGGACCUCGAGAUGAUCGUCGAGUUCAUCGCCGCCAGGGGCAUCCACCUCGUCAGCGACGAGAUAUACGCCGGGACGGCGUUCGCCGAGCCGGGCUUCGUCAGCGCCCUGGAGGUCGUGGCCGAGCGCGGCGGCGCCGGCGCCGACGACGUGCGCGACCGCGUGCACGUCGUGUACAGCCUGUCCAAGGACCUCGGCCUCCCGGGCUUCCGCGUGGGCGCCAUCUACUCCUCCAACGCCGCCGUCGUCUCCGCGGCGACCAAGAUGUCCAGCUUCGGCCUCGUCUCCUCCCAGACGCAGCACCUCCUCGCGGCGCUGCUCGGAGACAAGGGCUUCACCCGGAGCUACGUCGCCGAGAACAAGAGGCGGAUCAAGGAGCGGCACGACCAGCUCGUCGACGGCCUCGGGGAGAUCGGCAUUGCCUGCCUGCCCAGCGACGCCGGCCUCUUCUGCUGGGUGGACAUGAGCCACCUUAUGCGGAGCCGGUCGUUCGCCGGCGAGAUGGAUCUGUGGAAGAAGGUCGUCUUCGAGGUCGGCCUCAACAUCUCCCCCGGCUCGUCCUGCCACUGCCGCGAGCCCGGCUGGUUCCGCGUCUGCUUCGCCAACAUGUCGGCCAAGACCCUCGACGUCGCCAUGCAGCGCCUCAGGUCCUUCGUCGAGUCCACCACCGGCAGCGACGCCGCACUCUGCGGCGCCGCCGCCGCCCCCCUCAGGAGCAUCAGCUGCCCACUUGCCAUCAAGUGGGCGCUCCGCCUCACCCCGUCCACCGCCGACCGGAAGGCCGAGAGAUAAUAAUCACCGGGCGCGCGACGGCCAUUGGCGGCACGAUCAGUCCAUCACCACACCAUGUCCAUUACUACUACACUAGUACAUUACACUACACUACACUACACUAGCAGCAGCACGUAGCAGAUUCGUUUCGUUUCUUUGUAAUUUUGGCGCCAUUUUUUUUCCUCGGAUCGAGGUGCAUGCCCGAUGGUCUCGGUCUCGGAUGAUCCAUCCAUCCAUUCCACGAUUCCAUCCGCUGGCAUCGGAUCGAUCCCCGUAUUUUUCACUGGAAAAAUCUCAGCUCACCCCCACUGAGUUGAGCUCUCCAGUUGUAAAACCUAUUGAAGUAUUAUUAUUGCUUGUCAAUAAAAGCUAGUGCCACUAGUU